AUGGCUCCUGAAUAUGUAUCUGAUGGCCUUCUCUCGAUCAAGUCAGAUGUUUUCAGUUUCGGGGUCCUGCUUCUUGAGAUUAUAAGUGGAAAGAGGAGCUCAGGUUUUCAGCACAAUGGAGAGUUUUACAACCUUCUUGAAUACGCCUGGGAACUGUGGAAAGAUAGGAGAUCGAAUGAGUUCAUUGAUCAAUCAUUUGGUGAUGACGAUGAAAUGGAAGAGCUGAUGAAAUACCUUGCUGUGGCAUUGCUGUGUGUUCAAGAAAAAACAAUAGAUCGUCCCACAAUGCCUGAUGUUGUUGCAAUUCUUAGCAGUGAUGGCAUCACUUUGCCAGAACCAAAGUAG